UUGAGAUUGGGCUUGUCAUCCAUUCACCCAUACAUUGCGACUUGGCCUCAACCCCCCUUUCAAUGGUGCGAACUCGAGGCCAAACACGUCGAAUCGAAGCAAAUCGCCCGCUCCAUUUCAUGAUACACGGCCCAACCAGCCUCAAACCAGGCCCAAGCCAAACAAAGCGUAACAAAAAGCUAAAGGCUGAAGACCUAAUAAUCUGGCCGUUGACCAAGCCGAUUCCAACCCGGCCUAAAACCAGAGCAGCGGCCAAGAUGGCUAAGCUCGCCACCCAUAAGGUCCAAAAGACACCUACCACUGUCCCGAACAAGCCCAUCGGAGCCCGCAGAACGGGCAAGGUGACCACCGCCGAGGACGAUGACGCGUCUUCCAACAGCAGCAAGACAACUUGCUCAAUUGCCAAUGACAACCGCGCUGCCGCCAAAAUCACCUUCUUUAGCAUCCCAAAGGAGCACGUUGAGCAGCACACCCUGCUCGUCAGGCCGCAGCCGGGAGUGAGCAUCGAGGUCGUCGAGAAGGCCAUCCGCAGCUGUGUCGUCAGCCCCUGCGGCAACGUGCUGCUGGGCCCGGCGCGCACGAGGAAGUCGAUGGUGUCGUCGGGCGGCGGGAGCGCGGCGACGAUGGAGACGAAGCUGGAGAUGGAGGUCAUCUACCACGACUGCAGCCGGCGGGGCGGGCCGACGCUGGAGGUUUGCCGGAGGAUGCAGAUCAGCAACGGGCUCGGGGAGAGACGGCGGCAUGAGCCGCUGAGGAUGGAGGACGUGUUGCUCAUCGUGGGCAGCAGGAUGCCCGAGCUCGUGGACUCGUGCGAGGUGGUCAUGGACAAGAGCUGGGCUGUGACCGCCAAACCGAGCUUGGGAUAGAGUCAUCACGCAUCUCGAUCUGACGGCAGCACUGGCGGGUUAUCUGCAGCCAGGGCUGGGACAGCCCUCUUGCUCUGUCUGAGGAGUCGUUCCGCAUGAGGAGCGAGGUACACGUGCAAAGCAUAGCGACUGGAAAGAUGGAGCUUUGGUUUUUUUGGGGACCUCUUUUGUGCAGCGUCAAAUAUUCC